AUGGCUCCGAAGCUCCCAGUAGAGCUCAGGUGGCUCAGUCGGCCUAUCUGGGCCGCUCAAUUCUUCUUCAACUUCACCCCGAAGAGGCAGUUUGGUAUCAGGUCUUUGAACCCGCCUAAAACGAGUCGCUUCAAUGUCGGACCUGACCUUCCCAUCUUGAAAUCUACCCCCGCGGCCGCCCUGGAGCGAAAGAUCAAAGCAGACACGCUGCCAUUGCGGACCGGUGCCAUUGCUAUCAAGAAGGGCAUGACCGCCAUUUACGACCCGGAGACUGGGAAACGAACCCCAUGCACCGUCCUGCAGCUUGACCGAGUCCAAGUGGUAUCACACAAGACACGCGAGAGGCACGGGUAUUACGCCGUCCAGGUUGGCGCCGGCUGGAAGCAUCCUCGCAGGAUGACAAAGUCUUUGCUCGGGCACUUUUCCGCCCACGGCGUCUCGCCGAAGAGAUACGUCUACGAGUUCCGAGUCAGAGACGAGCGCGGGCUCCUACCGAUUGGGCAAGUCAUCGGUGCGGAUUGGUUUCAAGAAGGCCAAUAUAUCGAUGCACGUUCGAAGACCAAGGGAAAGGGGUUUGCUGGUGUGAUGAAGAGGCAUGGUAUGGGCGGUCAGGACCGUAGUCACGGUGUCAGCUUGACGCACCGUUCUCUUGGAUCUGCGGGUCCGAGUCAGGGAGGAGGAUCCAGAGUGUAUCCGGGAAAGAGAAUGGCAGGUAACAUGGGAAAUCAGCAGAACACGGUGCAAAACUUGAAGGUCCUGAAGGUGGACCCCGAGAAUGGCAUUGUUGUCGUGAACGGCUGCCUCAGUGGACCCAAAGGUUGUGUCGUGAGAAUACAGGAUGCCCUCAAAAAGCCUUGGCCCGAAAUUGCUUACAAGCAGUUGAACGAAACUCCGGCUUCUUAA